AUGUCCCGUCGCAAGCAAGCGAAGCCUCAGCAUCUCAAGUCGGACGAGGAGCCCUCACUCGCGGGAGUAGUUUCCCAAAAUGUCUCAGGUGAAGCCCUGGACGAUGGGGACAGUGGCAACGAGAGCCGUAGUGGCAGUGAGGAGACUCAUGUUUGUGAAAAGUGCUGUGCUGAGUUCUUUAAGUGGUCUGAUUUCUGUGAGCAUCUGAAGAGCUGCACCAAGAACCCUCUUGUGCUCAUUGUAAAUGAGAACGAAGCCACUCCGGAUCCAGAGCAGGAUUACCCAACUGAGCCCUCUCCUGUGCCCAGUUGUGCCAGUGAACCAGCAGAUAGUGAGGACGCAGGGGAGGGUAGCCACACACCAGCAGAGGGUGAUGAAGGAGCUGAGAUGACUUUGGAGAGGGCUGCUGCCCUGGACAAGGAAGAUGAGCCCAUGGAAGUGGAGUUGUCUCCUGACAAACCCAUGGAACCGGAGGACCAAGAUGCCUCACCUGAGCCAGACGCCGCCCUACCUCAGCUUGAUGAUGCUGUUCAACCCUCAGGGCCAGGCUACAGCAUGCCUAAUACCAACGUCACCCUGGAGACUCUGCAAGGCACCCGUGUAGCUGUAGCUCAGUUCUCACAGAGUUUUCGCGGGGCAGUUGCUGGAGGAGUGUCCACCAUGGCCAUUCCCAUGAUUUUGGACCAGCUGAUGGCCCUACAGCAACAACAGAUUCAUCAGCUUCAGCUGAUUGAGCAGAUCCGCAGUCAGGUGGCACUGAUGAACAGGCAGCCUACGACACAGCCCGCUCUCAACCAUCACCCCCAUCACAGCGCCAGCUCCCAGACAGCUUCGUCUUCCUGCGUGCCUGCAGUGCCCAGCCAGCUACAGCUGCAUAGUUUUAUCACACCACCCGUCCACCAGCUGCCUGUCAGGUUACCCGCUACUAAAAACAGCCAAGGCCCCAUCUCAUCCUCAACUAUAGAAGGGCCCCACGCCCAUGUGUCACAGACAGGAGGCCAGAUGCCCAACAGUGGGAUGAGUGGGAACAGCUCCACAAUCAGCUCCUCAUACCCACCAAGUAGCUCCAGUGCAAUUUCCUCUCUGCUGCCACCGUGUUCAGCUCCAAACACAAUCAGCAGCAGCAGCAGCAGCAGUAGCAGCAGCAGCACUGGAACUGUAAGUGGUGUCAGCAGCAGUGUGGCCCUGCCCCGGAACACCACCAGCCCCCCAGCCCUGAGCCACAGCAGCCUGCUGAGCUCCCCCUCUGGUCUGCCGCUGAUAUCUCACAGUUCAUCCAGCAGUGUCAUUUUCCCUAACCCACUAGCAAGUAUCGCAGCAACAGCCAAUGCUCUUGACCCCCUCUCUGCCCUUAUGAAGCAUCGUAAAGGGAAGCCUCCGAAUGUCUCUGUGUUUGACACCAAGCCUAGCUCUGAGGACCCUUUCUUCAAGCAUAAAUGCAGGUUCUGCGCCAAGGUUUUUGGCAGUGACAGUGCCCUCCAAAUCCACCUGCGCUCUCAUACUGGUGAGAGGCCCUUCAAAUGUAACAUCUGUGGCAACCGCUUCUCCACAAAGGGGAACCUGAAGGUACAUUUCCAGAGACACAAAGAGAAGUACCCUCACAUUCAAAUGAACCCUUACCCCGUCCCUGAGUACCUGGACAAUGUGCCUACCAGCUCAGGUAUUCCCUAUGGCAUGUCUCUACCCCCAGAAAAGCCUGUUACCACGUGGCUAGACAGCAAGCCGGUUUUACCCACUGUCCCUACCUCAGUGGGACUGCAGCUUCCCCCAACUUUGCCCAGCAUGAUAGGGGGCUUUGGUGAUUCCCCUAGCCUCACACCCUUAAGCAGAUCACCUCAAAGGCCAUCACCACCAUCAAGUGAGUGUGCAUCUCUCUCACCUAAUCUUCUCAACACUGAGGCCAUCACAGCGCUUACAUCAGAGUCACCACAGCCUAAUAUGGGGAGUGAUGUGCCACCUGUUCUAAAACCAGAGGGGGUCCACCUGCCACCCAACUGCACCUCUAGACCAGGAGAAAGCAGCACCACCUCCACCACUGUAACUCAAAUGCCCAUGACAACCAUGGUAUCCACGACAACCACGACCACUACACAGUCCACAGACACAGUAACCGUUCCUUCCUCCAACUCUCAUUCUGCGCUCCCUCUGAUCUCAGAACAGUUCAAGGCAAAGUUCCCCUUCGGUGGACUCCUGGACUCUAUGCAAACAUCAGAGACCUCAAAGCUGCAGCAGCUGGUGGAGAACAUUGAUAAGAAGAUGACAGACCCCAACCAGUGUGUCAUUUGCCAUCGUGUGCUUAGCUGUCAGAGUGCCCUCAAGAUGCAUUACCGUAUCCACACAGGGGAGAGGCCCUUCAAAUGCAAAAUAUGUGGCCGUGCUUUCACUACUAAGGGCAAUUUGAAAACGCACUUUGGGGUUCAUAGGUCCAAACCCCCUCUUCGGGUGCAGCACUCCUGUCCCAUAUGCCAGAAGAAGUUUACUAAUGCUGUGGUACUGCAACAGCACAUACGCAUGCACAUGGGAGGCCAAAUUCCCAACACACCUCUGCCUGAGGGGUUUCAGGACAUGGAUACAGACCUCUGUUUUGAUGAGAAAAGCUUAGACACCAUGAGCAACUAUGAUGAUGAGCUGAUAGAUGAAAUGGAGCAGGCCAUGGAGGAUGAGGCAGAUUUAAAAGAAGGAGAGAUGGAGGCAUCCAAAACCCUACUUCUGUCUCCCAGCAGUUCUCCUCCAACCUCUGUCAUCUCUAGCAUAGCUGCCCUGGAAAACCAGAUGAAGAUGAUUGAUUCCACAGUGAACAUGACAAGGUCUUUGGGUGUAAAAUCUACUGAAAAUGGAGGUGGAAUCAGUGGAGAAGGUGAAUUGUUCACCAACGAUUCAUCAUCAGCUAUGGGUGAUCUCGAGAACCACAGCAUUGGGAGUCCGGCCCUGUCUGAGUCGUCAGGCUCAAUGCAAGCUCUUUCUCCUGUCCAAAGUCAGGCUGAGAGCCAUCAGUCUAAGUCCCCAGGCCAGGCUAACAACAGCAACACUGCUGUAGAAGAGGGACAGGACUCCAUCACUGUGCCAGCUACAGUGAAGUCAGAGAAAUCAGAGACCCCCUCUCCAGGCUCUGCUCCUGCAGAAAGCACCGGGGCUCUGGACCUCACAGCAGCUCAGCCCUGCAGGCCCUUCAUCAAGGAGGAGAACCAGUUCAGUAUGCUGUUCUUGAGUAGAGAAAGAGGUUUAAACACUCCCAGUAUGGUAACCACAGCACCCAGUAUGAUCAAACUUGAGAUGAAUGGGCACAGCAAGCCAGUUUCUCUGAAUGAAGGCCCCCACUUGUCCAUGGGCAUGCAGGUGCCUCCUGUUGCCCCGCAGACAACAAUGAGCCCCAACCUCGCUCCCAUGCUGGCACCGCCACCACCCCGCCGGACCCCCAAACAGCACAACUGCCACUCAUGUGGGAAAAACUUCUCGUCAGCCAGUGCCCUGCAGAUCCACGAACGCACUCACACUGGAGAAAAACCCUUUGCCUGCUCCAUCUGUGGCAGAGCCUUCACAACUAAGGGCAACCUUAAGGUUCAUAUGGGCACACAUAUGUGGAACAAUGCCCCUGCGAGGAGGGGCCGCCGCCUCUCUGUGGAGAACCCCAUGGCCCUGCUGGGCGGGGAUGCCAUGAAGUUCAGUGAAAUGUUCCAGAAGGACCUGGCGGCACGGGCCAUGAACGUAGACCCGGGUUUCUGGAAUCAGUACGCUGCGGCUAUCACCAACGGCCUGGCCAUGAAGAACAACGAGAUCUCCGUCAUCCAGAAUGGAGGCAUCCCCCCUCUUCCUGUCAGCCUUGGUGGGGGAGGUAUCCCCUCACUUGGGGGCAUGUCUGGGGGAAUGGAAAGGGCACGCACUGGUGGCAGCCCCCCCAUGACAGGGCUGGAGAAGUCAGGUUUAGAGGUGGGGGUGGGACGCCCCUUCUCCAGAUUCAUUGAGGACAACAAAGAGAUUGGGAUCAAUUAA